AUGGACACAACAGAGAUCCGGAAUGAUACAUCAGCUAUAAAAGAUAGUACGGCUCAAAUCCUAGAAGAGAUCAGUCAACUCCAGGCACGGCUAUCACAUCAGGAUGACUAUAUCCUGCAGAGCUUUUUGGAAGACAUGACAACAUACACGGAGAACGCCUUAGACGGAGCAUCUAUCGAUUGGGAAAGUUCUAGCUUACGGGCCCCAUCUCCCAUCAUUGAAGAGGAAGAAGGCGCAGGCUCUGAUCACCUUUCAGAUUCGGGGUUUUCCGCGCAGUUCGCGCUUUUCAAUGUUCACAAGAACCAUUCUGAGUAUCAAGUUGCUGAAGAGGACAGACUUUCGGUGUGGGAAUGCAUCACGAACGUGGAAACCUACUAUACGGGGGUAGAGGGAGAAUGGCAGGACAUCUGCUUGAGACGACGGCGCCGAGCAGCAGUCCUGACAGAGCGGCGUCCCCCAUCCCCGUCUACAGUACCUUCAGAAUUCUUUGAUACCUUUAGUCUGAGUUUUGAUUGGGGUAUGCCACAGGGCGGACCAGACCCUUUUGCUGACGAGUCCGACGCUGAAUCUUACACGACUAGUUUUACAGCAUUGACGUUGCCUGGACGAGAAUUCGCCUUUCAGGACAUUCUUCGGCCCAGCCGCUUCCGACCACCCAGACGGAUCAGGAUCGCAUUCUAUAUCCCAGUAGAUUCUUUCAGCAUGUUUCCUGAUGAAUUCCAAACUCAAUGGAACUUCAUUUCUCAUUCUAUUGAAGCACUCGCACAGCGGGUUACAUCACCUUGGCAGAACAUUGUUGUUAUCAUCGAGGGGCCUCCUAGGUGGACGGGUCUCUACCCUGAGAUCCUUAUGCUCUUCAGGGAACUGGGUAUCCUGUUUGAAACAGAUCAGUCGAUAGAUUAUGUUGGCCGUGUCUCGGUAUAUCCGCCUUAUACUAUGGAACGUGAUGAGAUCUUUGAGCGACCGAUCCUGGGGACUAUAUACGAGGUAGGGCAUUCACUCAAGAAGCACGCUGUAGUCCGUUUUGUCUAA